UUGCAUAGCCAGACUCUUCACAAAAAAAGAAAAACAAACAAAAAGUGCUUGUGGCCCCAGUUGCCAGCCCUCUCCUAAAGACGAGACCUUGCUUGUUCUUUUCCCUAAGAGAAUGUCCUGUACCAGGGGCCUGAUGGCACUUGGGCACUUUCUGAAUCUAGCUCCCUCUAGGACCCAGAGGAAGUCAUUUGCCCAGGGCCAAUCCCAUGGGUCAGUUCCUGGUUUCAGGGGUAAGAAAGCCAUCACAGGUGCGGUGCCUUUGACACCAGUGCCCGGUACUCAGGCCAGAAGCCCCUUGUACCUGCUCACAGGUAGGCCUGGAAAAGGGCAACAGUGCUUCUCUUGAACCGUAGCUGCAGGAUGAAGCUCACUCUUUAGCCAAGAGGACCCAGCAUCACCUAGGGCUUCCUCUCAUACUGGAUCACCAUGAAACUGCACCGCAAGUCCGUGCUCAGUUUCUUCCAUGGGCAUAGAACACAGGCCCCGGACAAGGAGGGCAUCUUGCUAAAGAAGGGGACUAGAAACGCCAGCUAUCAGCGCCGCUGGUUUGUCCUCCGAGGAAACCUCCUGUUCUACCUUGAACACCAGGCAGACCACACACCCCUGGGCCUCAUCUUGUUGGAGAACUGCCAAGUGGAGCCCCACCUUAAGGCCACAGAACCCUAUGCCUUCACCAUCCAGACCCCUGGAGUGGAAGGCACAAGGGGCCGAGCUUACAAACUAGCUGCAGAAAACCAGGAAGAACUAGAAGCUUGGCUGUGUGCAUUGGCUAGGGUGAGCUGGAGGAGGCUGGCUGCACUGCUACCAGCCCUGGAAGCCCAGUAUCAGGAGUUGUGCCAGGCAGCUGGCCAAGAGCCCAGUUCACCCCCAGAGGACAGUGGCUUUCUAGCUGCUCUCACUGCUCCCUCUCGCUUCCAAGAGUUGCAUGAGCGCAUUGGAAAGGAGAUCGGGGUGCUGCGGGCAGCACCUAGAGGAUUCCAGGAAGCCAGUGACAAUACAAGCAGCAGAUCUCAGAUAAAGCUGGAGCAGAAGCUCGACCAGUGUUUGUUGAUGACAGACUGAGAACUAGACCAAGAACCAAGAGAUACCACCUACCUACCUGCUGAGAUCACAAACUGCUUCCAGAGACCAAGGCCCUGGCGUUUUCCCUCCUUCCCUCCCUAGUUCUUCCCCACAAGCCUCUAUCAAAUAACAAGGCAGGAGACAAACCCAGGUACAACAGCAGG